AAGCAUAUGCCAGCAUAUGACGCUGUUUAAAAGGUCAAACCAGCGAUUUCCCUUCUUUCCCAAACGGUGGAACGAUUCGAUACUAUGGCUAACACCGUAAAAAUACCUGUACCCGCCUUGAACAAAGAGAUCAGCGUUUCCACUGGCCUCUUUAUUAACAACGAAUUUGUCCCUUCUGUGGACUCUUCAGAAGUCAUACAAUGUUUCAACCCUGCUACAGAAGAAAUCAUUGCGAGCGUUGUGGCAGGUUCUUCGAAGGAUAUCGACGUUGCCGUAGCUGCUGCCCGCAAGGCAUUCAAAACGUCCUGGGGAAAGAAUGUCACUGGCUGGGAGCGGUCUCGCUUGAUCAACAAACUGGCUGAUUUGAUAGAAAGGGAUGCGCAAGAAUUAGCUGAACUGGAAACUCUGAACAAUGGAAAACCGGUCGCCAUAGCUAGAGACUUCGAUAUCGGAGAUAGCAUCCAGUGUUUGAGGUACUAUGCUGGGUGGGCCGACAAAGUCACUGGUCAGACUAUCGAAGUGGACAACAAAUCCAAGAUGGCUUUCACUCGUCAUGAACCAAUUGGGGUUUGUGGGCAGAUUAUCCCUUGGAAUUAUCCGAUCAAUAUGUGGGCUUGGAAAGUAGCCCCCGCAUUGGCAGUAGGCUGCACUAUUGUGAUGAAACCCUCUGAACUUACUCCUCUCACUGCUUUGAAACUGUCCGAACUAGUAGUCGAAGCCGGGUUCCCCCCGGGAGUUAUCAACACCGUACCUUCUCUGGGUUCGGUCGGAGGUGCAGCGCUCUCUGCCCACCCGGACGUCGAUAAGAUUGCAUUCACUGGAUCUACCUUAACCGGUAGGAAAAUUAUGGAAGCUGCAGCGAAGUCCAAUCUCAAAAAGGUCUCUCUGGAACUUGGCGGAAAGUCUCCACAAUUGAUCUUUGAGUCUGCUGAUCUCCAACAAGCUGCUGCCUGGUCCGCGUUGGGUAUUUGCUACAAUACUGGCCAAGAUUGUACUGCGGGAUCUCGAAUCUACGUCCAGGACACCGUUUACGAUAAGUUCAUCGACGUUUUGGUAUCAACAGUCAAGGAGACCGUCAUUGGUAACGGCUUUGACCAAAAGACUGGAGGAGGUCCCUUGGUCUCGAAGGCUCAAUUUGAUCGAGUAUGGGGUUAUAUCGACGCUGGAAAAGCUGAAGGAGCGAAGGUUGUUCUAGGAGGAGAGAGGAGAAACACCAAGGGUUUCUUUGUGGACCCUACAAUCUUUACAGAUGUCAGUUCAGACAUGAAAAUUGUCAAGGAGGAAAUCUUUGGACCUGUUUUGAGUAUUGGCCGGUUCAAAACGGAAGAAGAGGCUGUAGCCCUAGCUAACAACACCACUUAUGGUCUGGGUGCUGGCCUGCAUUCCACUGAUGCCAGUCAAUGUAUGAGAGUAUCUGGCCUCCUAGAAGCUGGAACGGUACGUGAUCUGAGCGACGUAACUGCCUCGGGGUCUAUCAGGAUUUCAAGCAUUCUGUUUAUAGGUUUGGGUCAAUUCAUAUAACC